CAAUUUAAAAUGUCCACUGGGACUAUGUAUGUAUGUGAGUGCGCCUCUGUUGAAAGCAUCAGCAAAGAUUGCUAGCUGCGUUGGAUAUGUCAUGCGCAAAAUGUCAUGUCCUUGUUCAUCCAUUAAUUAGUACCGAUACCCAGCCGGCACCAAUUGAGUUGAGAAUCUACUCAUCACCUAAUUAAUUUAUUUUCUUCCCCAAAUCAUCAUCACAUCUACUCAAAGUUUUCCAUGAUACAAGCAAGCAUUUCCCACCUUGACUCACCACACUGCGUGAUGUCAAAAAUAACCGAGGCUGAGUUGUAGUAUUCUCAUUCUCAACGCCCCAAAUGGGUGGCAGUAACACACUGGGGGGGGAAGAAUCAUCUGAUACAAAAAGUGUUAUAUUAUUAUUACUAGCAAGUGUUUACGACCAAUAAUACAACAUGGUUUUCUUACAAACCCUGUUGUUCUUCCUUUUACUUGUUGUAACAACAUUUGGUCAGUCCAUAACUCCAAGGCGGCACCAUCCCCACCCUUCUCAUUCUUUGCUCACAGAUAAAGCUGCCCUUCUGGAAUUCAGAAAAACAAUCAUAUCAGACCCGCAUUCCUCACUUGCUAACUGGGAUGAAGCUGUUCAUGUGUGCAACUUCACGGGUGUUGUAUGUGACAAAUUCCAUAACCGUGUCACACGACUAAUCCUGUACGAUAAAGGUCUAGUGGGGCUGCUUUCACCCGUUCUUUCCAAUCUCACUGGACUGCACUACCUUGAGAUUGUUCGCAGUCACUUAUUUGGCAUUAUUCCACCUGAAUUUUCCAACCUCAGACGCCUUCACAGCAUCACUCUCGAGGGGAACAAUUUGCAUGGCUCAAUACCAGAGUCCUUUUCCAUGCUUUCCAAGCUUUACUUUUUUAUCAUUAAGGAAAAUAACAUAUCAGGUUCACUUCCUCCAUCUCUCUUUUCCAACUGCACUCUGCUAGACGUUGUGGACUUUUCUAGCAACUCAUUAACUGGCCAAAUCCCAGAAGAGAUUGGAAACUGCAAAAGCCUGUGGAGUAUCAGUUUAUACGAUAAUCAAUUUACUGGGCAACUUCCUCUCUCGCUGACCAAUCUAACGCUUCAAAAUUUAGACGUGGAGUACAAUUAUCUGUUUGGUGAAUUGCCUACAAAGUUUGUAAGCAGCUGGCCAAAUCUUCUUUACCUUCAUUUAUCAUACAACAAUAUGAUAAGCCAUGAUAACAACACCAAUCUUGAUCCAUUUUUCACUGCUCUCAGAAACAACAGUAAUCUAGAGGAGCUUGAAUUGGCAGGAAUGGGCCUUGGGGGAAGGUUCACGUACACUGUCGCCGGCCAACUCACCAGUCUAAGAACCCUGCUCCUGCAAGAAAACCAAAUUUUUGGAUCAAUUCCUCGUAGCUUAGCAAACCUUUCAAGGCUUUUCAUUCUGAAUUUAACAUCCAAUCUUCUAAAUGGGACUAUAUCCUCUGAUAUCUUCUUUAGCUUGCCAAAGUUGGAACAACUUUCCUUAUCACACAACCUUUUCAAAACUCCAAUUCCAGAAGCAAUAGGCAAGUGUCUUGAUCUGGGUCUACUGGACCUGUCAUACAAUCAAUUCUCAGGUAGGAUUCCAGACAGUUUGGGAAAUUUGGUUGGACUAAAUUCUUUGUUUCUCAACAAUAACCUUCUCUCAGGAACAAUACCUCCCACAUUGGGACGGUGUACUAAUCUGUACAGGCUUGACUUGUCCCAUAAUAGAUUAACAGGAAGCAUACCACUGGAACUGGCAGGCUUGCAUGAGAUCAGAAUUUUCAUAAAUGUCUCUCAUAACCACCUUGAAGGUCCUCUUCCAAUUGAGCUCAGCAAAUUAGCGAAGGUUCAGGAGAUAGAUCUUUCAUCCAAUUACCUAACUGGAAGUAUCUUCCCUCAGAUGGCAGGAUGCAUUGCUGUUUCAAUGAUUAACUUUUCAAACAAUUUUCUUCAAGGUGAGCUCCCACAGUCCCUUGGUGAUCUGAAGAACCUCGAAUCUUUUGAUGUUUCAAGAAACCAGUUAUCUGGAUUGAUACCAGCAACACUUGGUAAAAUUGACACACUCACUUUUCUCAAUUUAUCAUUUAACAAUCUGGAAGGAAAGAUUCCAUCUGGUGGCAUCUUUAAUUCAGUUUCAACCUUGUCAUUCUUAGGAAAUCCACAACUUUGUGGGACAAUUGCAGGCAUAUCCUUGUGCUCUCAAAGAAGAAAAUGGUUUCACACUCGUUCGUUGUUGAUUAUAUUCAUUUUGGUCAUCUUCAUAUCAACAUUGUUGUCAAUAAUUUGCUGUGUAAUUGGAUGCAAGCGUCUUAAAGUAAUCAUCAGCUCUCAGAGGACAGAGGCAAGCAAAAAUGCAACUAGACCUGAGUUGAUUAGUAACUUCCCAAGAAUCACGUAUAAGGAACUUUCAGAUGCCACUGGAGGAUUUGACAAUCAGAGACUUGUUGGAUCAGGUAGUUAUGGACAUGUCUACAGGGGUGUUCUCACGGAUGGGACACCAAUAGCAGUCAAGGUGCUGCAUUUGCAAUCUGGAAAUUCUACCAAGAGCUUUAACAGAGAAUGUCAAGUUUUGAAGAGAAUUAGACACAGAAAUCUGAUAAGGAUUAUCACAGCAUGUAGCCUACCUGAUUUUAAGGCUCUUGUUCUACCAUACAUGGCCAAUGGGAGCUUGGAGAGCCGCCUCUACCCUUCUUGCGGAUCAUCAGACUUGAGUAUUGUCCAGAGGGUGAAUAUUUGCAGUGAUGUAGCUGAAGGGAUGGCCUAUUUGCAUCACCAUUCUCCUGUUAGAGUCAUACAUUGUGAUCUUAAACCAAGCAAUAUUCUUCUCAAUGAUGACAUGACAGCUCUCGUUUCUGAUUUUGGGGUUGCAAGGCUAAUUAUGAGUGUUGGAGGUGGGGCUAUUGAUAACAUGGGCAACUCUAGUGCAAAUUUGUUCUGUGGAUCCAUUGGAUACAUUGCACCAGAAUAUGGAUUUGGAUCCAAUACAUCUACCAAAGGAGAUGUCUAUAGCUUUGGCAUUCUAGUUCUCGAGAUGGUGACUAGAAGAAGACCAACAGAUGACAUGUUUGUUGGUGGGUUAAGUCUGCACCAAUGGGUAAAGAUUCAUUUUCAUGGAAGGGUAGAAAAGGUGAUAGAUUCUGCUUUGGUGACAGCCUCAAUAGAUCAAUCCCGAGAGGUUAGAAAGAUGUGGGAAGCUGCUAUUGUCGAGUUAAUUGAGUUGGGGCUUCUUUGCACACAGGAGUCACCUUCGACAAGACCAACCAUGCUUGAUGCAGCAGAUGACUUAAAUCGUCUCAAGAGAUACCUUAAUGGGGACACAACAGGAACUUUUGCCUCAUCACUUGGAAUUUCAUCUUCCACUGUAGGUGGUGACUGGUGAUUCAUAUUCUUUCAGCAUCAGUUGUCUCAUACUUCUGUUGAGCCCAAUGGCAGAUCCAAUCUAUAACCACAGAAGGAUCAAUUGAAAAUUUACAUGAUGUAUGAUCAGAUAACAAACAACUUUGUUAUUUAUUGCAUAGCAUGGCAUGUCUUUUGCCGUAAGCCUAUAAUAAACAUUAAAUCAUUACACCA